UCCAUGAAAGCCCUCCAGGGUAUUUGAGGUUGCUGUCCCCUGCCACAAUGUUGCCCCGGCUGGUGUGCAUCAACGAUUAUGAACAACAUGCCCGAUCAGUGCUUCAAAAGUCAGUAUUUGAUUAUUACAAGUCCGGGGCAAAUGAUCAGGAGACCUUGGCUGAUAAUAUUAGAGCGUUUUCUAGAUGGAAGCUUUAUCCACGGGUGCUCCGGAAUGUGGCUGAUAUCCACCUGUCGACUUCCGUCUUAGGGCAGAGAGUCAGCAUGCCAAUAUGCGUGGGGGCUACUGCCAUGCAGUGCAUGGCUCAUGCAGACGGGGAGCUGGCCACUGUCCGAGCCUGUCAGACCAUGGGAACCGGUAUGAUGCUCAGUUCCUGGGCUACUUCCUCAAUAGAAGAAGUGGCAGAGGCUGGGCCUGAGGCUCUGCGCUGGAUGCAGCUGUACAUCUACAAAGACCGUGAGGUCAGCAGACAGCUGGUGAAGCGAGCUGAGCAGAUGGGAUACAAGGCCAUAUUUGUGACUGUGGACACCCCUUACCUGGGCAACCGCUUUGAUGAUGUGCGGAACAGGUUCAAGCUGCCGCCACAACUCAGGAUGAAAAACUUUGAAACCAGUGAUUUGGCAUUUUCUCCUAAGGGGAAUUUUGGAGACAACAGUGGACUUGCUGAAUAUGUGGCACAAGCCAUAGACCCAUCUCUCAGCUGGGAUGAUAUUAACUGGCUCAGAGGAUUGACAUCGCUGCCUAUUGUUGUAAAGGGCAUUUUGAGAGGGGGAGAAAGGUGUUCAAGAUGUCCUGGAGAUACUGAAGGAAGAAUUGCGGCUGGCCAUGGCUCUGAGUGGGUGCCAGAAUGUGAAAGUCAUCGACAAGACAUUGGUGAGGAAAAAUCCUUCGGCUGUUUCCAAGAUCUGACAGUGCACAAUAUUUUCCCAUCUGUAUUAUUUUUUUCCAGCAUGUAUUACUUGACAAAGAGACACUGUGCGGAGGGUGACCACAGGCUGUAACUCCCCACUUCAAUACAAAGGGUGUCGUUCUUCUCCAACAAAAUAGCCAUCCCUUUUCGCUCAUUGCUUUUGACUUUUCAAUGGGUGUCCUAGGAACCUUUUAGAAAGAAAUGGACUUGCAUCCUGGAAAUAUAUUAACUGUUAAAAAGAAAACAUUGAAAAUGUGUUUAGACAACGUCAUCCGCUGGCAGGCUAAGGUGCUGCGGAACAAAAGAUAUCCUCUGGUAGAAUUGGAGGGAGUGUGCUGAAGUGAAAGAUAAUGACCUCACUGUUUAUUAACCUGCCUCGUGUUUAGAUUUCCUUAAGACAGUGGUUCUUACAGUGUGCACUGGGCUUUGAAAUGCUGGAAAUGCCCAGAGAAACAUGAGGUUUGGAUUUGCCAAGUUGAAAAAAUAUCACUGGGUAGAAUUGAAGUGAAUGGUGGUAAUUUGUGAUUUUUCUAGAGACUUUUCAUUUUUUAACAUGCUAUUUCUUUGAAGGUGGAUUUCUAGACAUAUAUCGAGUGUCUGGAUAUGUCUGAAUGUUUUGUGGUAAUCAUUGCAUUUGAAAGGGAUGUGUCUAGUCCACUUGGGACAAUAUGGAAUCAUUUUCAUUUUUCAACUCUGUCUCCUCAUUUUGAAGUGUUCAUUUCCUAAUUUCCCCUGAACCUUUCUUGAUUUUGCCACUUAUCCUCAUUUACAGUCAUAUUCAGGGUCAAGUACAUAUUUUGUGAGGUCCAAGAUGAAUAAAGAUUUGGAACUUUUGCUCAGAAGGAAAGCCAGAAAACA